UUUUAUUCUAUUCGCGGAUUCCUGUUCCCAGUAAUCUGAUUUCUGUCACUCCAUUACAAAAUAAUCAAAUUAUAAGAUAAAACUGAGCCAUGAACUAGAUAUACGACUCAUUGGAUUAGCGCCACCUUUUACAGGGUACGUCUGAAACAUGACAAACGAGAGGUUCAUAUUACUACAAUGUGUCAAACCCACUGUUGUUGUUACGUAACAGAAACUGUAACGUGCUCGCUUGCGUAACACUCGGAAUCCGCGCGCCCCCGCUGCUCGCUCGCGCUUGUCCGCGCAUGCGCGCUCGCGCUGUGGUCUGUCCGCCAUUGAGACACACGAGCUCCGAAACAAGCGCGUGAGAGCCGAGGCAGCGACACAGACGACACUCACGCAUCUCCAUUCCUCGUGCUCUGAAGUUUGACGGUUACCGUUUUUUAAACAACGUCUUUUUACAGUCCGUUUACACUGGUGGGGUUUUUUUUUGUCCCGAAAUACGUUGAUGGACCUGCACAGGAUAUUUUAGUAGCUGUCCAGGGCGAACGUGUGUUCCCGUUGGUUAAGCGAACCGAGCCUGGCUCUGCUCUGAGGGCAAGCGUGCCUACAGCAGCUCAGCGUUUGAUGGAUCCUAGAAUCGCCUGGUUUCAGCCAGAACAGCGCGGACCUGCCAACAACCUGUGGAUGCACAUCUGGGAAACGACGCAGACUCUGGGAAACCUCUACUUCAACAACAACUGCAACACAGCCAGCGCCAAACUGACGAGUAGUGACGUUAGCAGCAGCGGCGACGGCAUCGGUGCGUCGAGCAACGCGGCCGACAGCAGCGGCAAGCCCAAGGAUCAUCAGGGGAUGUCUGUAUCCAAACCCGACAGUGAGGUCUCCGAACAACACGACUUUAUCCCUCUGGAAGCCAAUAACAACAAUAAGAGCAGCAGGGGUGUCGGCGGCGGGGGGCAAGUGGCUGGCAGUAGGGUCACAGUAGUGGGAACGGAGUUGCCAAGCAAGAGGAAAAGAGACAACAAGGCGAGCACCUUUGGUUUUAACAGGAGUCUGCUGCUGACAGAUGGGGUGGAGGACAUUUACACUGGCACACCGUGGAAGAGCAGAAACUACUCGGAAGGCAUUGUGGGGCUGCAUGAGGAGAUAAAGGACUUUUAUGAGUAUAUUUCUCCUCGUCCAGAGGAGGACCACAUGAGGCUAGAGGUGGUGGCCAGGAUCCAGAGAGUCAUCAAGGACUUGUGGCCCAAUGCUGAGGUUCAAGUGUUUGGCAGCUUCAGCACAGGCUUGUAUUUACCUACAAGUGAUAUAGACUUGGUGGUUUUUGGUCACUGGGAGACUUUACCUCUCUGGACUCUGGAAGAGGCGCUACGCAAGAGAAAAAUUGCAGAUGAGAACUCUGUCAAAGUCCUGGACAAAGCCACGGUUCCCAUCAUUAAACUGACAGACUUGCACACAGAGGUAAAAGUGGACAUUAGCUUUAAUGUACAGAACGGUGUUAAAGCUGCAAACCUCAUCAAGGACUUUAAACAGCAAUUUCCCGUAUUACCGCACCUGGUGCUGGUUUUGAAGCAGUUUUUGCUGCAAAGAGAGCUGAAUGAGGUUUUUACGGGAGGCAUCGGCUCAUACAGUCUGUUCCUCAUGGUUGUCAGCUUCUUACAGCUGCACUACAGAGAGGAUGUGUGUAGUUCAAACCCAAACUUGGGUGUACUGCUGAUUGAGUUUUUUGAGCUGUACGGACGGAAUUUUAACUACCUGAAGACAGGGAUCAGGAUCAAAGACGGUGGCUCGUAUUUGGCCAAGGAUGAAGUGCAGAAAGGCAUGCUGGAUGGGUACAGACCCUCAAUGCUUUACAUUGAGGAUCCUUUGCAGCCAGGAAAUGAUGUUGGGCGAAGUUCAUAUGGGGCGAUGCAGGUGAAAGAGGCUUUUGAUUACGCUUAUGUUGUCUUAAGUCAUGCUGUGUCCCCGAUUGCCAAGUACUACCCCAACAACGAGUCAGAGAGUAUUCUAGGCAGAAUAAUCCGUGUCACACAGGAAGUAGCAGAGUACCGUGACUGGAUCAGUGUGCAGUGGGGCCAGCGGAGCAACAAUGAGCCGGUCCUCAAUUGUAAUGCAAAUGAUGUCACGCUGCUCGUGGAGUCUGAGGAGCUUGAUGAGUGUAAUAAUAACUUUUCUGAAGAUAGUGCGGUGCUUCCUACUGUUCCCCGGAGCAAAGUGUCAUCAAACUCCUCCUCUCCUUCCCCCUCUUCCCCUUCAUCACCAUCAUCAUCAUCAUCGCCAUCUUCAACGGCUUCUAGCUCAAGUGAUGCAGACUCUGAUGGAACACCCUGUAAAACUUCAAAAGCUUUGGGUGGCCGGGGCUCUAACUCUUACAGUGAGAAUACAGAAAGGAAUCUGUCCAAUCACAGAUCACAAAAUCAUUCAGCAACAAUGCCCACCCCCACUUAUAAGGGCAAUAAGAGUCGGCAGCUUGCUAACAAAAGUGCUCAAGGGCCACACAACAACCCCAACAAGAGCCAUCAAAACAGCAAGUCCCAAAAAACCAACAUAAAGAAGAGGAAACCUCAGCGUGAGGUAGCGCAUGAGGACCUGUGUAGAUAGGGGGAGCUGUUCUUUCAGACUUACACCUGCUCUUAAUGUCUCUGACCACAGAAGGGUGCUGGUGGUAUCAUUUAUCUCUCCUGUCCCACUGUGUAAGGGAUGUGUGUGACUUUGUAGCUGGAAAAGGAAAAGAAAAAAAUAAUAAUUAAAGUGGGGCAUUGGCCAUGGGAUUGAAAUCAUAUGGAGAGUUUAGGCCUGAUUUCCACUGGCUUCUGCAGAGCUUCUGCUCGCUGCCCAUAUGGGAGCUACACUGCUCUAUUGGAGAUGUGGAGGACCAGAGAAUGUAGGAGAGAGAAUUCAACUUGAGCAAUACCUGAAGCCCUGGGACUUUUGCCUCACCGAGGACAACUGAAAUAAAAAAGGACUCAAAUUACAAAAAAAAAGUUAUAUUGAAAGUGCAAAGAUUUUUAAAUGUCUAAAAAAAAAAACGUAAAUCGUACAAGAGAAAUUAUGCAUGGUUUUCUUUUUUGAAGAGUGGUUCUUUUUUGUCAUGUAUGCAGAUUAUACAAAUAUUAUUAAAAAAAAAUAUACAAAAAGAAAAAAAAACUAAAACUACAAAAUAACCCAAAAAUAUUAUCCAACAUGGAAAUGGUUUCAUAAUACUUUUAUAGUAUUGUUCAAAUUUUGCCAUGCUAUAACCGUAAAACAGCUCCUCACAGCUGUGUACGGGUUUGGGUUCAAUUGCCAACACUUAUCAUCAGCCUCUUCUGCUGUUCUAUUGUUUGUGUAAUGAUGUGGUUGGGCAGUGUAAGAGAGGUGUUAGUAUUUGACUGCACAUCCAAAAACACACACGACUCCGUGCACACUGUAUGAAUGUGUGUAUGUUGAGUGUAUGUGUGAGCGGUCUGUCAGCAGGAGGAGUAAAGUGUGUUGAUCUGGAAAUUUGAAGAACACUACCGCUGCGGUUUUCAUUCUGCUUCUCUGAAUGAUCCGUCCAUCACAAAAAUAAGUUGUAUUUGUUAAUGUAUUUAUUUUUAUCAAAGACAUUGGAUUUCUAUAUUCUGACCGCAGUGGCCAGACAUGUUUUGUGUUCUGUCUUAUAGCUGAGUGGCAAAACAUGAUUGUUGCUUGUCAUGUAGUGUGCUAUAUAUAUUUUUUUUUUCUGGAUGUCAGCUACCCUUUUUCCGAUAACUUGAGUGACCAAGUUAAUUUCUGAAAGUACAUUUUAACAGAUAUAGAAAAGAUAGUUUAAACAUUUUAAUUUGUGGCUGGUCUACUUAAAGGGAGAUGAGGUGAAUUAUUGUGAUUUUUAUUUUUUGUUUUAUUUUUAUUUUUUGUCUCCAUUCCACUGGAUUUUGAUGUAUUGUGUAAGAAUGCCUGUUCUCUCUAAAUUAAUAUUAUUGCAAUUCUUCAGAUAAACAGUAGGUGGUGGUGUAACAUAAGGUUAUUUCAUACACUGUAAUUCCCCUUUGACUUUUUGUUUUAAUAUUUGCCUAAUAGUUUUCACAGAUCUCUGUAAGUUUAAGAGAUGAUGGCUUUUGAUGAGGUAAUAUUAGUUACUCCACCUGGAUUUAGUGUAUAUGAUGCUAAAAUUAAGUAUCAAAGCCAGUAGUAUGUCUUGAAACCAGAUGGAUGCCACUGAAAUAGAGUGAGAGAGAUGCAGAGAUAGAACAGUUGGAGGAUCAUUAGUGCCACAGCCAGUGCUCUAGUAAGGUUUACUCCACAUGUAUCCGUGAUCAUCCAUGCAAUAAAAAUUACAGCACAACUAUAAAACAUCAAGCUGGUACAUUUACUGUUCUAUAAAAUCCUGUUCAACACCUCUUUUCAUUGUUUUGAAAAGUUGCUAUAAAUCUUGUACUCUCCUACUGUUAAGUGUACUAAAUGUUGUUUAACAAUUGUUUUAUAUUGUUUAAUGUCUUGGUAUAGGGCAUUUAACUUGAUGCCAGUGACUGAGCCAAGCAAAUUAAUAAUGUUCUAUAGUCAACUGGUACAGCACAACGAAACUUAAUGGACACCAUAAUUAAACCUUCUCUAUCCAAGACCCAGUCACACUUUGAUAAAGACAAAAUAUCUCUGAAUUUCAACAAUAAUACUCAUUUUUUUGCUUGACUUAACUGUUUUGGUUGAGGAAGUUGCAUUCCUCAAAUUUAAAUUUAUGCACAAACUCAUUUUUUUCUAUUGAAAAUACUGUUACCUUGCCUUCAGAGGAAUUUUGAAAAAUGUAUUGUUAGGUUGCAGCUGCAUUUUGCGCACUACAGAACAUCUGAUGUGUCACAGAUUUGCAAGUGCACCAGGUUUAACAUGACACUGAAAGUGUUGAUAAUCAUAAAUCUGUUAAAAUCCCACCUCUAAUUGUGCUCUUUGAAUGUGGGAGAUGCUCUUUGCCCUAGACAGACAUUUACCUUAUCCUCAUCUCUAUUCUCUUUGGCAUGCCAAUAUAAUACUUUGCUAUUUAUAUGAUCUGUGAUUGAUUUGUAUAUAUAUGAUGAUAAUAUGGCAGUGGGAACAAUUGUUGCUGCUUGAGCAGUCAUAUCACACUUUCCAAAAUCAAGAGUCACCAA